AUGAAUCAGCAGCAGCAGCAGCAGCAGCAGCAGCAGCAUAAUGCCACGACUGACAGCCCCGUGCCUGCCAUUCUGGCCGUGUGGGAGCGUUGGGCCGCGUAUGCUGAGACGGAGCUGAAUAUUCCCCGCCAGAUCCUCCAGGUGGUGUGCGCCCUGGGCGCCGUGGCGGUGACAGGAUACCUGAUCCAGCGCAGCAACGCGGCGAAGCGCGUGGCCCCCCGACGAUACACGGUCCCGCCGCCCAGGUACCCGUCUCAGGAGACGCAGCUGUCACCGCCCACGGUGCGGAUGGCGGACGGCAGCGACACGAUCCAGUGCUACGAGCCGGCGACGGGCAAGCUCCUGGGCCGCAUCGCGCCGGCGACGCGCGAGUCGGUGGACGAGGCGAUCGCGUCGUCGGCGGCGGCGCAGGCGGCGUGGAGGACGACGAGCCUGGAGCAGCGCAAGGCGGUGCUCGCCUCGCUGCUGGCCUACAUACUCGACAACGCCGAGCACAUCUGCCGGGUGGCGUCGGCGGACAGCGGCAAGACCAUGGUGGACGCCCAGCUGGGCGAGAUCCUGGUGACGGCCGAGAAGCUGCAGUGGACGCUCGCGCACGGCGAGGCGGCGCUGCGGCCGUCGCGGCGGCCUACGAACCUCCUCAUGUCGUACAAGAAGAACAAGGUCGUGUACGAGCCGCUGGGCGUGGUGGCCGCCCUGGUCAGCUGGAACUACCCGUUCCACAACCUGAUGGGCCCCAUCAUCAGCGCCAUCUUCGCCGGCAACGGCAUCGUCGUCAAGGUGUCGGAGAACACGGCCUGGUCGAGCGCGCACUUUGCCGACAUCGCCAGGGGCGCCCUCGUCGCCCACGGCCACGACCCGGCCCUCGUCCAGACCGUCGCCUGCUGGCCCGACGUCGCCGAGCACCUCACCUCCCACCCGGGCAUCAGCCACAUCACCUUCAUCGGCUCGCAGGCCGUGGCCCACCACGUCGCCGCCAGCGCCGCCAAGACCCUCACCCCCGUCGUGGCCGAGCUGGGCGGCAAGGACCCUUUCAUCGUCCUCGACUCGGCCCGCCGCGACCUCGACCGCAUCACCGACGUCAUCAUGCGGGGCACCUUCCAGGCCUCCGGCCAGAACUGCAUCGGCAUCGAGCGCGUCAUCUCGUCGGGCGACGUGUACGACUCCCUGGUCCAGCGCCUCGAAGGCCGCGUCCGCGGCCUGCGCCUGGGGGUCGACGCCGACGUCGGCGCCAUGGUGUCGGACGCCUCGUUCGACCGCCUGGAGGGGCUCAUCGCCGACGCCGUCUCCCGCGGUGCGCGCCUCCUCGUCGGCGGAAGGCGCCACGUCCACCCCGACCACCCGCACGGCCACUACUUCCAGCCCACACUGCUCGUCGAUGUCACGCCCGACAUGCCCAUCGCCACCAACGAGUGCUUCGCCCCGGUGCUCACCCUCCUGCGCGCCGCCUCCUCCUCGGCCGAGGACAUGCUCGCCGUUGCCAACGCUCCGGACUUCGGCCUCGGCGCCUCCGUGCACGGGUCCGAGUCCGACCCCGCCCUGAAGGCCAUCGUCUCCGGCCUCAAGGCCGGCAUGGUCGCCGUCAACGACUUUGCCGUCUACUACGCCGUCCAGCUGCCCUUUGGCGGCGUGGCCGGAUCCGGCUACGGCCGCUUCGCCGGAGAGGAGGGCCUGCGCGGCAUGUGCAACCCCAAGAGCAUCUGCGAGGACAGGUUCGGCUGGCUGGGCAUUCGGACGGGCAUCCCCCCGCCUGUUCAGUACCCUGUCAACGAUCAGGAUCGGAGCUGGAGGUUCACCCAGGGCGUUGUCGAGCUCGGGUACGGUGGCUUGGGUAAGAAGGCCGCUGGCCUCGGGAAGAUUCUCAAGAAUAUGUAA